AUGGCUGUGCUUGGCCACUUGUGGUACAUGGUGACAGUGAACGUGUCGAUGGCUGUGCUUGGCCACAUGUGGUACAUGGUGACAGUGAACGUGUCGAUGGCUGUGCUUAGCCACAUGUGGUACAUGGUUACAGUCAACGUGUCGAUGGCUGUGCUUGGCCACAUGUGGUAUAUGGUUACAGUGAACGUGUCGAUGGCUGUGCUUGGCCACAUGUGGUAUAUGGUUACAGUGAACGUGUCGAAGGCUGUGCUUGGACACAUGUGGUUCAUGGUGACACAACAACGAAGAACAUACCACACAUAUAUCAUGGAUAGUUCUGCAGAACCAGACAUAGAUAUGGCGGCUGACAACACGGAGUCACCGGAAGGAUUGAAAGACGUGAAGAGGGACCAGCAAGCUCUCCGGCCACGAGUAAUCUACUCGGUGCAAGAUAUACCACCGCUAUGGGAAAAGAUUUCGACUAGGUUUUACUGGAAAGGAUGUUUCGAAGAUGUACACACGUUUAUACAGAACUGCGACAACUGUCAAAGAAAGGUGAACCUGAAGAAAGCAAAGAAGCCACUGCGACCUAUCACAGUUCCCGCCGAGGCUUUCAAGCAAGUGGGCAUGGACCUUAUAGGUCCUCUAGAAACCUCUUAUCAGGAAGGAAUGAAAACAAGUGUAAGUGGGAACAGACUGAAUCGCUAUAGGCAGAGUAAUGACGAUGCUGCUACAGAUAACACAGAAAAGCGACCAACUGAAGGUCCAAAAGAUGACCACAGUCUAAUAAACAAAGAAACAGGAACCCAAGCAAACGAGAAAGCGUUUGAAAGACCUGCAAAAAGAAACGAUAAAUCUGACGACUGCAAUCUCCCUCCAAAAAAGAGAAGAUAUGGCAGUAAGGAACAGUGGCGUUGGUUAGAAUACAAACCGUUAGGCCUCAUUGGUGGUAAUUUAAGGGGUCGAGCAGUGUACAUUCAGAAUUCCAGCGACCAUUUUGUCCCGGUGCUAGAGGUAGAUGGCGAAGAGUUCUCAAGAAAGCCAUACAAACGAAUUCGGAACCACAUUCCAGAAAGAUACCACGCCCUUAUAAGUGAUGACAUAUUAGAUGCUGCUUUAGUGAAUUGUUACGCAGACGAAGCCUUGCUAUUAAAACUUGACAAAAGUGUAAAGACUGUAUAUGUGAAGGCUUUUACUAACACGCCUUACAAUGUAGAAGGGCUGCGUGGGUUAUCUGACGAGGUGGAUGCAAAUAUUUUCAAUAUACACUACGUAACGGCGGUGAGCGGCAUCAUUUCCACUCCUCUCAUGUUACGGGACCAUUUCUGUAUGGACGACGAUGACGUGGGUGUCAGCGAGCUCAUCGGCACAAUCCUGUUUGUUUCUGGCCUAGCAACCCUCCUCCAGAGCACCAUUGGCAUACGGUUACCAAUCGUUCAGGGAAGCACGAUAACGUUUGUAGUCCCGACCCUCGCCAUCAUGUCACAACCACAAUGGAAAUGUCCGUAUACCGAGGCAAGAAAGACAUAUGGACAGAGUGUUAACUUUACAGACAUUGGAUUGCCACCAGUUGGCAGCGAAGGUCACAGAGAGAUUUGGCAAAGCCGUGUGCGAGAAAUUCAGGGGGCUAUAAUAAUUGCUUCUAUAUUUCAAGUCGUUAUAGGAUUUUUCGGGAUUAUGACAUACGCGAUCAAGUUCAUAGGCCCAUUAUCUAUCAUUCCUAUAAUCACGUUGACGGGCAUUUCUCUGUUUCCGGUGGGGUCCAAAAUGUCCUCUGGUCAAUGGUGGAUUGCUGUUAUGACUAUGCUCCUUAUAACAAUAUUUAGUCAAUAUAUGAAGGAUUUUAAAGUUUGGACAUUCUCAUGUACUGCAGAUGGUUGUAAAAGAUCAGGACUUAACGUGUUUGGGUUAUUUCCAAUACUGUUGUCGAUGAUUAUUUCAACUAUAAUUUGCUCCAUUUUAACCGCAACAAACGUGUUACCUGACGAUAAAGAGAAAUGGGGUUAUUUAGCGCGGACUGAUACGAGUCUUGACGUGUUAAGUAAAUCUAAAUGGGUGAAUUUCCCGUACCCAGGUCAAUGGGGCACACCAACAAUAUCUACCGUCGGAGUGUUCGGUAUGUUGUCGGGUGUACUUGCCGCAAUGGUGGAAUCAGUGGGAGACUACUUUGCAUGCGCAAGAUUAUCUGGUGCUCCACCACCUCCUUUGCAUGCUGUAAACAGAGGCAUUUUCAUCGAAGGCAUAUGCUGUGUUCUAACAGGAGCAUGGGGCUCGGGAAACGGGACUACUUCUUUUAGCGAAAACAUCGGUGUAAUAGGUCUUACAAAAGUCGGAAGUCGACGUGUUGUUCAGAUUGGAGGUCUUAUGAUGCUUAUACUUGGAUGUUUUGGUAAAUUCGCCGCUCUGUUCCUAAUUAUCCCCAAACCUGUGCUAGGUGGAACAUUUAUGGUAACGUUUGCUAUGGUCACAGCUGUUGGUCUAUCAAAUAUGCAAUACAUCGAUCUUAACAGCUCUAGAAACCUUUUUGUUGUAGGAGUUCCAAUUUUCUUUGGCUUAAGCCUUUCACAAUGGAUCGCACAAAACGAUAGCAUCAAAACAGGAAAUACUACCGUUGACCAACUAUUUACCGUACUGCUCAGUACCGGUAUGUUUGUUGGUGGCAUAUUAGGAUUCAUUUUGGAUAAUACAGUACCUGGUACGGAUGAAGAACGAGGAUUAAAAACGUGGAGACAAAACUUAAGUGAUAAAGGUGAAGCUAGCGACUUAGAGGAAAGAAAGGUGUACGACUUGCCAUUUAUUGGCAACCACAUACGGCGAGUGAACUGCUUAAAAUACUUGCCAAUAAGUCCGACAUUCGUUGUGAAUGAAACUGGUGUUACAAAUAAAGCGCUAGUUGGAAACACGAACCAAGCAUUUGACGGCAAAUAUGAUACCACUCAUUUAUGACACGUCAUCUUUGUACUGACGUGAAUCAACGCUUAGCUAGAACAAUAUGAAAGCAGAGCAGGAACAUAUUAAAUGAAAUGUUGUACAACAACUAAAUUUAAUAAGUAAGAUUUCACUGCCGUUUAUUUUCAGGAAUUGGUUCGUUCGUGUUGUCUUUUACAUUAGGCAACUGCAAAUAGACUAUAGUGGAAACUUAACAAUUAAACAUGUGUGUCGCCAUGUAGCUGUAAAACUCUCCAUGCGUCCAAACUGGAUUCUAAUUAAGGAUAACUUUGUGUACGUGUGCUUGUCUUCUUGGGUUCAGGUGCUUGAAUCAUUUGUACAAAAAGUAGCAAC